UCUCCAGGCUCGGUGCUGGCUUCCAGGGAUUCCCAGGAGCUGCUUCCCAAGGGAAAUGCUGUGUGCCCAGAUCCAGAUCCUUGUCCUGGCCCUGACCACGGGGCCCUUCCGAGCUGGGGCUGCUCAUGAAGCCUGCAGGACAGCAGAGGUGGCUGAGAUCCUGUUCCUGGUGGGGCACUCGGAGGGAAGCGCGGGGAAGGAGAGCUCCCGGCUGCUCCAGGAUUUCAUCGGGAGCGUGGCCAGAUCCUUCGAGACCGGAGCAGGAGGAGUCCAGCUGGGCCUGGCUCUGUAUGGGGAGACACCAAGGAUGAGUGUGGAGCUCACGGAUUACGUGAGCAUCAGGGAAAGGCUGGAUGCAGCUCAGGAUCUCUCCUCCAAAGGCAGCAGCCUCCACACAGGCUCAGCCCUGGCUUUUGCAGCUCAGGCCUUGGCCCAGCAGGACACCCUGAGACAGGAGGCAGCAAAGGUGGUGGUUCUGAUCACGGAUGGGAAAUCCAGAGAUUCCGUGGAAGAGGGAGCCCGGAUCCUGCAGGAUGGGGGGGUGACAGUGUUUGCUGUGGGGAUCAAGGAUGCUGAGAGGAACGAGUUGGGCAGGAUUGCUUCAGAUCCCACAGCGGAGCACCUGCUUCACGUGGAGGAUUUCCAGCUGCUCCCAGAUGUGGCUCCCAAGCUCUCUCGGAGGCUCUGCUUCGCCGCCUCGGAGCCGCCGCGGCCCGUCAGGCACAGGGUGCAAGCUGAGCAGAUCCUGGGCCCUCGGGAGCUGCGUGUCAGCGAGCACGGCCACAACUCCCUGAGGCUCUCGUGGGUGGCAGCCACGGGCAGGGUGACAGGGUACCGUGUCCAUGUCCACCCCUCGCUGCCACCGGGGCAGCCGGAGCACCAGAGACAGAUGGAGGUGGACGGGGACACCACCACGGUGCUGGUGACAGGUCUGAAGCCCAGCACCAAGUACGUGCUGACGGUGAGGGCCAGCUACGGAGGGACCCUGGGGGAGCCUGCGGCCACCAAAGGGAAAACAGCUCCCGUGCCUCCAGUCACCAAUUUCCGUGUGAUAGAAGAAGGACUUUUCAGCCUGAGGGUGGCUUGGACACCUCCCCUGGGCAAGCUGGAGGGCUACAAGAUCUACAUCCCCAGGGCCAACAAGCCCGGGGUGACCCUCGAGCAGAUCCUGCGGGGCGAUGUCUCUUCCCACCUGCUGGAAAACCUGCAGGAGGACAGGGAAUACAGCAUCAGCAUCUACGCCGUGUAUCCCGAGGGCCCGAGCCAGCCCGUGGCUGCUCUGGGCAGGACACUGAAGCUCCUGCCUGUGGAGAACCUCGUGCUGCAGAACGAGACCACGGACACGCUCCAGGCCCGGUGGAGCCCUGUCCGGGGAGCAACGGGAUACAGGCUCACCUGGACAUCAGCAGAGGGCAGCAUCCAGGACGUGACCCUCGGCAGCUCCUACAGCUACUACAUGAUCCAGGGGCUGGAGGCGGGCAUGGAGCACACGGUGACCAUCAACCCCAUCUUCGGGGACAUCGAGGGACCGGUGGUGACCGGCAAAGCCACCACGGUGGCUUCCAGCACUGUCCAGAUGCUGAAAGUGAGCGAGAUUUCCAUCAGCAGCCUCCUGGUGUCCUGGGAUUCAGUCAUGGGAGCCACCGGGUACCGGCUGGCCUGGGGCCCGACACCAGAGUUCUUUGGCAAGGACCGUCCCCGGCACCUGUCCCUGGGCCGGUCGGUGACGUCCCAGCAGCUCCGUGGGCUGGCCCCCGACACCGAGUACGUCAUCUCCCUGUCCGUGCUCUUCGGCCCCGGCGAGGGCCCCGGCGUCACCACCUCGGCCAGGACAGCUCCUCUGGGAUCAGUCUCCAACUUCAGGGUGACGUCCCACGCCAGCACCAGCCUGUCCUUGGCCUGGAGUGCCACGGCCGCUGCCACCAAAUUCAAACUCAGCUGGAGCCCCGUGGGAGCAGCAAAAGGAAAACAGGCCGCCAGGAAGGAAAAGGUGGCCCAAACAGUGCACACCCUGUACAGGGUCGGUGUCCGGGCCGUGUUCAGCAGGACCGAGGGGCCCGAGGUGACCCUGACUCACCUCACAGCUCCUUCUGGAGAUUCCAGCCCCAUCCCGAGCAUCCAGGACCUGAGGGUUACCGACGCUGGUGUCAACACUUUGAAGCUGGCUUGGAAAAGCCUUCCUGGGAUCAGUCACUACAAGAUAUCCUGGGAGCCACCCAAUGGUGACGCGGAAUCCUCCCGGCUGCUCCCGGCAGAGGCCGUUCCCUUCACAAUUCCCAAACUGAGGGACAACACCAAAUACACCAUCUCCGUGUGCGCCCUGGGGAAGGGGCAGCAGGGAAACCCCGCGGUCCUGACGGCCACAACCUCGGGUUUGCCCAAAGUGACGGAAUUCGCCGCGCACGAGGCCGCGGAUUCCAGCGUUUUGUUGUCCUGGAAUUCUGUUCCUGGAGCAUCCCUGUAUUGGCUGACGUGGGGAUUGUCCUCAGCUCCUGCUCUUUCCCAGGAAUUGUUACCGGCAGCUUCCCGAUCCCAUCGAGUGACGGGGCUGAGCUCCAAGGAAAUUUAUCUGUUUUCCAUAAAACCAAUGUUUGGAGACUUGGAAGGACCAGAGACAACGCUCCUUGUGCAAACAGCAGGAGCUCCCAGGGAGGCACCAACUGCUCCAGCGGUUCCUGCGCCAUUGGAUACGAGGGAAUCUCCAUCAGGAUCUCCCAGCAGUGGGGGGACCUCUCCUCUCCCAGUGCCCACCAGUACAAAACUCCCAGAGCCACCAGUUUGGACCAGCACAGCCCUGCCUGGGCCAAUUUGUGGGAAGCUCAAGGCAGACGUUGGGUUCCUGGUGGAUGAAUCCUCGAGUAUCGGCCAGAGCAACUUCAACAAAGUGAAGGAUUUCCUCUUCCGGAUCGUCUCCUUUUUCCCCAAAAUUGGGCCUGAAGGGACACAGGUUGCUGUGGCUCAGUACAGCGAGGAGCCCAGGGCAGCUUUUCACUUCAGCCAACACCGCGACCGCAACGGAGCCCUCGGAGCCAUCAGGGGGCUGAGCUACGCCGGAGGCAACACCAAAACAGGCCAUGCCAUUUCCUACGUGCUGAAGGAAUUAUUCCAGCCCUCCAGAGGGAUGAGGCCGGGUUUUCCUCACAUCCUGGUGCUCGUGACCGAUGGACAAUCCCAGGACGACGUGGUGUCCCCAGCCAGAGCAGCCCAUGCCUUGGGGCUCCGUGUCCUUGCUGUGGGGGUGUCGGGAGCUGACCCCAUGGAGCUCCACAGGAUCUUGCUGCAGCAGAACCCCCAGAACGUUUUCUACGUCAGCACCUUCGAUGACUUCCCCCAAAUCCUCCAAGAACUCAUAGAAGCCAUUUGUUCUGAUCCUCAGCUUCCAGGGACCCAAAUCCCACUGGGAAAGAUCCCCAGGGGCUCAGCAGCUCACAAGGAUUAUGACCCCUACACUGCAAAGGGAGAGAAAGGGGAGCGGGGUCUCCCUGGGAAGGACGGCAUUCCUGGGCUGCCGGGCAGGCCGGGCCGGCCGGGCCCUCCAGGCCCCCCUGGAAUCAUGGGGCUCCCUGGCAGCCAAGGUGACGUUGGAUCUCCAGGCUAUCCAGGACCCGCGGGGCCGAAAGGAGACAGAGGAGAGCCCGGCUAUGUCCUGGGAGGCGUGGAGGUGAUUCCUGGCCGGAAUGGGCAGCCUGGCCCUCCUGGACAGAAGGGGCAGCCGGGGGUUCCUGGGGUUCCAGGACCACCAGGUUCUCCAGGGCCACCAGGAAUCUCCAUCAAGGGUGAACCAGGGGAUUCAGGAAUCAGGGGUCCCCGUGGCAGGAGUGGCCUCAAAGGGGACAGAGGAGACACAGGAGAGCCGGGAAAACCUGGUUUGCCAGGCCCUGUGGGGCUCCACGGGGCUCCUGGACUGCCUGGACCACAGGGAGAAAAGGGAAUGGCAGGGAUUGGCAUUCCUGGCGCUGCUGGCACGAAGGGGGAAGAAGGAGAGCAGGGAAUGAUGGGACCUCCAGGAGCACCAGGACCGAAGGGAAUUCCAGGACCUCCAGGGCAGAAGGGAGACCAAAUUUCAGGGCCUCCAGGCACGAAAGGUGUCAAGGGAGAUCCUGGACCAGCCGGACCACGAGGAGACAAAGGAACCCCAGGAGAAAAAGGGGAGAAGGGAAGUCCAGGGUUUGGAAUUCCUGGCCAGCCUGGGCUGAAGGGAGCCAUCGGUGACCGGGGAAAUGUGGGAUUGUCUGGGAAGCCAGGUCAGAAGGGGGAGAGAGGCGAACCAGGAUUCCCUGGAAAACCAGGAGAGGCCGGGCUGAGAGGAAAAGAUGGAGAAGCUGGAGUCCCUGGAGAGCCAGGAGUGAGGGGAAUCAGGGGUCCCCCUGGACUCCCAGGACGAGCUGGAGAGCAAGGAAUGAAAGGAGAUCCAGGAGAACCUGGAAAGGAUGGAGAUCCAGGGAAGGACGGCCUGAGAGGUGAAAGAGGCCCCCCAGGCCCCAAGGGAGAACCUGGCCCACCAGGAAGAGGAGUGGAAAUGAAGGACCUGGAGAGGCUUUUUGAAGAGUACGGGAUCAAGCUGGCGCUGCUGAGGGAGCUCUCGGAGGCGAUCCUGCGGCACGGGCUGGACGGGCUCCUGUGGCACCGGGAUGGCUCCAGGACGAGCAGAACUUCCACGGAAAACCAGGCAGCCGUGCCUGUCACCGAUCCACUGGUGUCCCACACUUCCCACCAUGUCCCGGCCUGGACCGAGGUGGCAGGAGAAGGACAGAGCCUGGAGCUGGAGGCCCCGGAGGUGCCACACUCUGGAGGAUUCCCUGAGAGCUUGGCUGUGACCCCACCACAUCCAGGAGAUCCACAGGAAAACCAUUCCCUGGAAAUCCUGCAGCCCCUGGAGGAGAGGCUGGAAGGACAAGCCCAGCAGGACACCAGCCAGGAAAACGGGAAUUCCGACGGCGGCUCCGCCAUGCCGAGGCACAGAUCCAGGAGAUCCCAACCCAUGAGGAUCCCAUUCCAGAGCCAUCCCUGUGAUCCAGGAGGAAGCAAUUCCCCCUCCCUGGAGGCUCCACCGCCAGCUCAUCCCCCCGGUGCUCCGGGAGCUCGGGAAUUCCCGUUGGGAUCCACGGCAUAUCCAGGCCCUCAUCAUCCAAGGAGAAUUCAGGGAGAAAUGGGAGCUCCUGGAUUCCAUGGAGCCAAAGGAGAAAAGGGAGAAAUGGGAGCUCCUGGAUCCCGUGGAGACAAAGGAGAAAAGGGACAGCCUGGGGAUGUGGGAGAACCUGGAGAGAAGGGAGAGCCUGGAGUUGGGUUCAGAGGUCCCAUUGGCCAGGCUGGAGCACCUGGAUUUAAGGGCGAGCCAGGGGCCCCAGGACCUCCAGGAGCUCAGGGCAUCCAAGGAAUCCGCGGCAGCGCCGGCACUCCCGGAUCCCAGGGGGACAGAGGGGCUCCGGGCGUGCCCGGAAUUCCGGGACAGAAGGGGGAACGUGGGAGGAGAGGCCGGAGUGGAUCUGCUGGGCCCAUGGGACCAUCAGGAUCCCCAGGAAAAGAGGGAAUUCCUGGGACACCUGGACCCAAAGGCAACAAGGGAGAAGCCGGCGUUGGAGCCGCCGGCCCCAGAGGUCCCCAUGGAUUCCCUGGCCCUCGGGGUGACGAGGGCAUCGUGGGAAUGCGGGGUCCCCCCGGAAUGAUGGGUCCAAAAGGCUUCCCAGGCAUGAAAGGCCAAAGAGGUGAUCGGGGACUGCUGGGACCAAAGGGAGAACGAGGCGAAUCCAUGACAAUUUAUGGACCCCAGGGCUACAAAGGCACCAAAGGAGAUCCCGGUGAGCAGGGACUGCCAGGUUUUGACGGAGACAAAGGCGAGAAGGGAGAGGACGGACCCGUAGGAGAAAAGGGAAUCAAAGGAGAAGCUGGAUCCAAGGGAAUGAUGGGACUUUUCGGGAGCAGAGGACCCGUGGGACAGAAGGGGGAGCCAGGAGAACCGAGCUCGCCGGGAUCUUCCGGUGCAGCAGGACUGGAUGGGAAGAACGGGAUCAAGGGAGCCAAAGGGGACAGAGGCCUUCAGGGACAGAAGGGGAAGCCGGGAGGGAAAGGUGACCCUGGGACCGCCGGUGACACCGGGCAGAAAGGGACAAAGGGCCUGCGGGGCCUUCCAGGCCGGACCGGCGCUCCCGGAGCCAAAGGUGCCAAGGGAGAAGUUGGCAGUGCUGGAAAACCAGGAAUUCCAGGAUUUAAUGGACAGCGUGGACCAAAGGGCGAGCCAGGAGCCUCAGGGAGCGACGGCGCCUCGGGAAUUCCUGGGGAGAAAGGAGAAAAGGGAGCCAAGGGAGUUCCAGGAUUGGGAGGAUUCAAGGGACAAGCGGGAUGGCCUGGGAAGCCUGGAGGGGCCGGAGCAGCGGGACCUCGAGGGCCACAGGGAGAGCCAGGCCCACAGGGUCCACCAGGGAAAAGAGGGAGAUCCCAGCUCUGCCUCCAGGGACCCCCGGGCAUGGAUGGGCCAAAAGGAGAAGUGGGGGAAAAUGGUCCUGCCGGGCAGAAAGGAGCCAAGGGAGAGCCGGGCCUUUCCGAGGAAGAGGUGAAGGAAGUGCUGAGGAGCGAAAUGCGAGGGAUUUGUGGUUGUGGAGGUGAGUUGGGAAGGAUGUCCAUGGAAAAGGGGCUGGAGGUGGCUGAAGUCCGCAGGAGGCUCCAAGGGUAUUCCCAGCCUCGGGAAUACGUUGGGAACGGUGGAAAUUGGGAGGAAAAGCUUGGCACAACUCACGGCAAGGCCAUGGUGAAGCCCUUCAUGGAGCCGCCUCCUCUCUUGGCAGCCCGCUGCCUGCAGCCCAUGGAUGAGGGCUCCUGCCAGCGCCAUUCCCUGCUCUGGUACUUCCACGUCCCCUCCAGCUCCUGCCGGCCCUUCCUGUUCGGGGGCUGCGGCGGGAACAGGAACCGCUUCCCAUCCCGGCGGGAAUGCCAGCGCCGCUGCCAGAGCCCCCCAGGGAAUUUGCUUUAGGAGCCACUGGGAACUUCACAAAGCAGCUGAAGGCAGAGGGAGAUGAGCAGCUCCAAGUGCUUCAUUUAAAUCCAACGGGAUUGGGAGGAGUGACUCCAACACCUCCGGGAUGGAAAACAAGGAAAACAAACACCAAAAUCUUGGGGAAAAACAAAAGAUGUCAGAAAACUGGAAUUAUGGGAUGGGGAGAGGGAAACCUCUGGAUGCUCAGGAAAAGGAGGAUGGGAAGGGCGGAAUUCCUGAGCCAAACCAGGUGGCACA